UGAACAGUGCAACAGUGUGUCCUCAUUGUCUCUGUGUGUUAAAGUUGACAGCUGACUUUGCUCUCUUCAUUAAAAUGGACAGUGCUUUUGAUAACCUGGAUGCAGCUGGUUUCCUGGAAAUCUGGCAACACUUUGAUGCAGAUGAUAAUGGCUACAUUGAGGGCAAAGAGCUGGAUGACUUUUUCCGUCACAUGAUGAAGAAACUGGGGCCACAGGAGAAGGUGACUGAAGAGAGGGUCCAGAGACUGAAGCAAAGGUUUAUGUCCGCCUAUGAUGACACUGCUGAUGGGAGACUACAGAUUCAGGAGUUGGCCAACAUGAUCCUCCCUGAAGAUGAGAACUUCCUGUUAGUUUUCCGCAGAGAAGCUCCUCUGGACAACAGUGUGGACUUCAUGAAGAUAUGGAGGAAGUACGAUGUCGACUGCAGCGGCCACAUAUCAGCUCAGGAGCUCAAGGCUUUCCUGAAAGACCUGUUCCAACAGCAUCACAAGGAAGUGUCAUCUGACAAGCUGGAGGACUACACGGACACAAUGAUGAAAAUCUUCGACAAAAACAAGGAUGGCUGUUUGGAUUUGAACGACUUGGCCAGGAUCUUGGCUCUAGAGGAGAAUUUCCUGCUGCAGUUCCAGAUGGAUGCCUGCAGCAAAGAGGAGAGAAAGAGAGACUUUGACAAGAUCUUUGCCCAUUAUGAUGUUAGCAAGACAGGAGCGCUUGAGGGUCCAGAGGUGGACGGUUUCGUCAAAGACAUGAUGGGGCUGGUCAGGCCCAACAUCUCGGGUCCUGAGCUGGACAGGCUGCGAGCCGUUCUGCUGCGUCACUGCGACGUCAACAAGGACGGGAAGAUCCAGAGAAAUGAGCUAGCUCUGUGUCUGGGAGUCAGACCUAGACCUUAGAGAGGAGAGCUGUAUCAUGAAACACUGAACCUGUAUUUGUUGUAUAGUCAGUAAUGAUAGAAUGUUAUUUUGAUUUUUUGAUUAAUGGGUUACUUCAAGGUCACUACUCAUAAAGAGUUAUUUGAUGCUGAAUAUGAUAGAAGUGCAAUCCGAUGCUGUGUGAUGAAAAACAAAAUUAGAUGAUGUUGCAUCCCCUCUGACUUUAAAUGGCAGUGUUUCCUGUGCAUGUUGUGAGAUGUGAAUGUUUUUUGAUUAAAAUGACCGUCCUGUAAGAUUUGUGCCACAUUCAUCAGUUUGUCAGUCGUCCAACACGCUCGUGUGGAUUUUGAAAACGUGGAAUGGUUUUAAUUGCAAUAUAGACUUUCUUCUUUGAGUUUGGUGCUGGAGUACACUUGGCCAUGACUGAUGUUUGGUCAUUUGCACGUUUCUGUGCCAAAAAGACGCUACAGUACAGUCUGCUGUUGUAAUUUUAAUAUCAUGUGCAGUUGAGGAAUAAAACUAUGACAAAUGA